GACGUAACGUACCCCCCUCACUCACACCCUCACCCACAGCCGCCGCCGUCAAACGAUCGCGUACGUGUGCGACAUACGUUUUCAGUUAUCACAUGUUAUCAAUAAUUUAUUUUUAUCAGUUAUCACACAUUAUUUUUUUUAUCAGUUAUCACACAUUAUUUUUAUCAGUUAUCACACAUUAUUUUUAUCAGUUAAUAACUUAUUUUUAUCAGUUAUCAUAUAUUUAAAAAUAUAAUAUUAUGGGUUAGAAUCGAAUCGUGAGGGUAACAUUGUAUAUAUAUAUUUAAGUACAUGCUAAAUAAUAUACAUAAUCAUAUGAAUAUUCUCACAACGUAAAGUUCCCUCUUAUAUACUUGGGGAAAUAAUAUACAAAAAUGUACAUUAAGCCUUGAUACAUAGAUACGAUCUGCUUAUUGUCCCCGACCGGCCACCCACUAAUAAUAUUAAAAUGCCUAUUAGUGAAUAACACACACACACACACACACACAUUAAUAACUGAUAUACUUUUGUGUCUAAAAUUCCAUAUUCUCUCAUGUCGUCAGGAUGACGCCGACUCAUAAUGUAUAUCCUUAAACCAUCACAGAUCCAUAUUCAAUUCAUCGAUAAUCACACAAUACCUUGCAAAAACUCUACCGUCGCCACCCCCUACGUUUGGCGUCGGGUUGACAAUAAGAUACACCUUAUUUAAUAAACUAAAUGACUCUAUAGAAAUUCACACUAACUGCUCGUCUUUAUAUAUAUAUAUAUAUUCUGAAAGAGGCAACAGUUCUUCAGUACGUUUUAAGCCGUUGUACACACAUCGUCUUCGAGUAUUUUUGAGUGUUUUUAAACGUUUAUACUUUUUUUUUUUUUUUUGUUUUACCUUAAAAAUUAACAACAUGUUUAAUUGUGAUCAGUGCUCGUUGAUGUUCACGCGUAAAGACAGUUUGCUCAGACACAAAAUCAUACACCGAGGAAUUCGUUUUCCGUGCUCUGUAUGCAUCAGGACAUUCAGUCUCAUGUCAAGUCUUAAGAGGCAUGAGAAAAAUUCUCAUGGCAUCGUUCCGGCUCAUCGUCAGCCUGCACCGAUUGUUGCUCAACCUACUCGACAGAGCGUUAUACAGUUUGCGCCUAGCGUUGCUCCACAGGGAGACUUACAGAUUGCCCCUCAAAUUUUCGUCCCCGAUAUCCCGGCCGGUGGUUCGAACAUGUUAUCCGAGGACGAGAUUUGCAUGGCAGCUAUGGACGCAUUUGAAAAUGAAAAAGUUCAAGACGAUAAUACAGACUCGUAUACAACUACGGGUGUAAACGGCAAACGAGUUUCCACCGCCAACACCACGUCGGUUGCUAGAGCAAAAAAAGCGCGCAUGGAUAUGGUGAAAUCACCCGGGUUAGUUGAAAUUUUAUCGUCAGCGGGUCGAAAAAUCGUUUGGUAUUUCGCCAAAAAUUUGAAUAAUGUUAAAAAUUAUACCGACUUUCUACGUCCUCUUGCACCGGUUUUGUCAGACAUGCUGAAAAAUCAUGUUUUGAGACACUCAAUAAAAUUUAGUUUGAAGCUGGAGGCUACGUAUAACCGACCAAACGUACCUAAUUCAUCUGAAAAUAGAGCGUUUCAAACAUCAGCAGUUGAAGUUUUUUCGGGUAGUAAUAUUGCUGAGAUUAUUGAAAGGGCUUUUAUAAAGUUAUUGAGCGAAGAAGAAGCUUAUACUAGCAGAGGAAGCGGGUUUACCCUGGAGUCCAUAGAUGGGCUAUUGUUGGCCGUGUACAAAUACACGCCGAUGGGCGGGUCGUCAUACAUACCACUGCCUGCGUAUAUCGAAGGAAAACGGGGCACAAUAAAUCCUCAGAAUGUAGACCAACAGUGUUUCAAGUGGGCUAUAUUAGCCAAGCAUGUGACGGGGGAAAAUAAAUUUCGUAUCGGUGAGAAUUAUAAACAACACGAUGACAAAUACUUUCAAUGGUAUAUCGUUCCCAACGCCAUUAUCCGACGUUCAGAAAUUCGAAUAUAAUAACCCGACUGUCUCUGUGAAUGUGUAUGGGUUAGACAAAAAGUUCCAGCCACCGCGUAAAUAUCCGACGUACGAGGUAUACCCGCUACGUGUCGUUGAUGAGGAGAAAGCCGACCACUUUGAUCUGUUGUUGGUAGCAAAUGAA